AUGUUUCAUUAUAGAACAACAGAAAAAUAAGAGAUUUCAAUUUAUGAGGAUAAUGUUUGGGAUUGUUAUCAUUCUCGUUUUUGUAGAACUAAAUUUUAAAUUAACUAAAGUUCUAAACAAGAAAUCUAAUAUUCAACAAUUGAAGGAUUAGUCCUUAGAAUCGAUUAAAUAACAGAUAUAUCAGACAAGCCAGAAAUAUUAACUAACUUAGAACAGAUUAAAUACCUAAAUUGGCUAGGAGAAUAUGGAGAUAAUUUAAAGAAGGUUGGCAAAUGGAUUGCAAAAUGGAAGGGAGAGAUUUUGAAAGGUGUAGGUGGAUGUUACUCUGAAAAAGGUGAUGGAUAAAAGUUAGGGUUAUGGAAGGAAUUAAUUAAGAAUUAUUGGAGCAAGGCUUAAGUGUACGAAAUAGGAGAAUACUGCGAUGGUUAAAGAACAGGAAAAUGGAUAUAUAUGUAUAAAAAUCAAGAGAUUGGUGGCGGAUUUUAUAACAAAUCAGGUGAAAAAAUUGGUAAAUGGAUUGUAAUAAAUGAUGCUUUUUGGGAGUAAAGUUAUGUCAUUUUCAGUGGCUAAUAUGAAAAAGGUAAAAAAGUAGGUUUAUGGGAUACAUAUUACAAUAAUAAUUGUGGAGAAUAAUAGACCUAAUUGAUGGGAACUGGAGUAUAUGAUGAACAAGGUAGUAAGGUUGGAAAAUGGGAAGAAAUGAGUGAAGGAUCUUGGAGAAGGAGAUUAAUAAAUAUAGUUGGAAACUAUAAAAAGGAAUAAAAAGUUGGUAGUUGGGAUACUUAUUGGACUUGGGAUAAACAAAUUAUCAAAAUGUAAAUUGGCGGUGGAAAUUAUGACGAAAAUGGAGGUAAUGUUAAAGUAGGGAAAUGGAUUGAUUUGAAUGAUGGUUUUAGAAGUGAUUAUUAAGUGAUAUUUGAAGGUGAUUAUAAGUUUGGGACUAAAGUUGGUUUAUGGCUUACGUAUUGGAGAUGGAAUCAUAUUUCUACAUUUGAAAAGAUUGGUGGAGGGACAUAUGAUAUUAAAGAAACUAAUAAAAAAAUAGGAUAUUGGAUUGAGUAAGGUGAUAAUUUCAGAUCUGAUGCAUAAGUCAUAACCUUUGAGGGUGACUAUCAAAAUGAUAAAAAAGUUGGCAGAUGGAAUUAUUAUUGGAGAGAAAAUAUAUAAAAGAAUUAUGAAUAGAUGUAGUAAAUAAAGACUUAUGUUAAUAGUGGAGGUGGGUACUAUGAUAAAUAAGGGAAUAAUUUAAAGAUUGGUAAAUGGAUUGAGGUGAGCAAUAAAUUUUUUAAAAAGUCUAAAGUCAUUUACAAGGGAACAUAUAAAAAUAAUAAAAAGGUUGGGACCUGGGAUGAGAUAAAAAUAGAUGAUAAUAAGAGGGGUAAAUUAAGGGAGUUGUAAGAAUUCACUAAAUUUAGUACUUUCCUAGAUUAUCAUGAAUUAUGA